AUGAUAUUGAUUAAUUUUAACAUUACUCUCAAUUCAAGAUAAUGUAUCAAUCANACAUCCCAUAGACGGAUAGACUUAUCAUCACUACCAGAAGCUAAUGUAUUUCCAUCAGGAGAGAAACAGACUGAGUAACACAAUCAAAAUGUAAGAAUUAUAAUUAUUUUUAGAUAAAUUUGAUGCUGGAUUACAUGUUAUUUUGA